AUGCGCUUGAUUUACCAAAAACUAGCAUAUCAUUUAUUAUUCAUCAAUAAAAUAAACAUAUUCUUGAUUACUUUUGCUAUAAUCAGUCUUAACAUUAAUUAUGGAUUUUCUUCAAAUGCUGGAUACGAGUAUAGAAUAGGUACAAUUUAUUCUAAAGAUACUAUACAAUGGAUUAAUUUACAACAUGCUAUUGAUGUUUGGAAUAAUCAAAAUGCUGUUAAAUUUGAAUUUUCAUUAAAUCUUAUUUCACCAUCUUCACAAUAUUUUUCAACUAUAGAAGAUAAAUUUUGUGAUAUUAUUCAAUAUGCAGUUACGGCAAUAAUUAUUCCAAUAACAAAUAAUUCAAAAGAAGAUUUUAUGUUAAGAUCUAUGUGCCAUCAUUUUAAAAUUCCUUGUUUUAAUAUUAAUGACAUAGAAAAUAUAGAACAAGAUUCUGAAAUGUUUUUUAGCAUGUCACCACCAUUAAAUAUCAUUCCAAAUGCAAUUAAAGAAUUAAUAACUCAUUUAAGAUGGCAAUCAUUUGUAAUCAUUUUUCAAUCGGAUGAUGAUUUAAAAGAUAUUGCUGAUUUAUUUUCAAGAUAUUACAAAGUAGAUCAAUUAAUGGCAUCUUCAAAAAUUUUACGUCUUCCAAAUGAACAAGAAAAUUAUGGAGUAUUUUUUAAAUUUAUACGUGAAAUGAUAAAAGAAUAUAAUAUUGUUUUUCAUGGAAAAGAUAUUAGUUUGAUACAUAAUUUUCUUGCACAAGCAAGUUAUAUGAAUAUGACGGAAUCAAAAUUUUCAUAUAUUUUUACAAAUCCUGAUUUAUGCCUUCUUGAUGACUUUUUUACAAAUUUACAAAAGAUAUAUCAAUGUAAUAUAACAGGUCUUCAAAUGGUUUUAACUGAUCCACCAAUGAGAAGUGACAUGGCAAUGAUAAUGGAUGCUGUUGAUAUAAUUGGUUCUGCAUUAUUAACCAUUAAACAAAAGGAUAUUGAAUUUUCACCAAAAAGUUUAAUUUGUGAUGCUGGUGAUUCAUGGGAUAAUGGAAAAAUUUUAGCAAAUGAAAUAAAUAAUAUUGAAUUUAAAAAUGGUCAUACUGGUCUCGUUAGUUUUGAUUCAUCUGGAAAAAGAAAAAAUUUUAUGAUUCAUGGUAUAACAAAAAAAUCAGAUACAUUUGUCAAGGUAAGAUUUUAA